AUGGUCAUUAUAGAGUUUUCUGAGCUUUUUGACAAGACAAAAGAGGAUUUUGAUAAGGUGGGAGGGGCCGUAAAAUUCCAAUGCAACAAGGAUGAUCUUAUUGAAAUUUUGACCCAGCACUCUAAUGCCCAACGGCUCAUUAUUGCUCAGAUCUACACUGCUUCAUAUGGACAGGAUUUGGUCUCCGAACUUAAGGAGAAAUUGUCUAACCAUUUCAAAGAAGUAAUGGUAGGUUUGAUGUAUCCACCAGCCUUCUUUGACGCUCAUGAACUGAGACAUGCCAUGAAGGGUGCAGGCACAGAUGAAAACUGUUUAAUUGAGAUUCUUGCCUCAAGAACAAACAGUGAGAUCUACGCGAUCAAUGAAGUCUACAUGAUGCAAUUUGGUGCACCACUUCAAGAGGAUAUUGAUUCAGAAACAUCUGGGCACUUCAGGGAUGCCCUAAUGAUACUUGCACAGGGAGCCAGAGAAGAGGGAUAUGGAUAUGAAAAUCAAGAAAUAUCUGCACAAGAUGCCACGGUCCUUUGGGAAGCUUGCCAAAACAAAACAGGGGAACAUAAAGAUAUGCUGCAAGAUAUCCUCUGUAAAAGGAGCUAUCAGCAGUUGUGGCAGGCUUUUGAACAAUUCCAACUCAUGUCUGGCCAAGAUAUUGUACAAGCAAUCUCCAACUGCUAUGAUGGAUGUUUUCAGGAAUUACUUGUUGCAGUUGUUCUUUGUGUUAGGGACAAAGCUUCCUAUUUUGCAUACAAGCUCUACACUGCGAUAUACGAUUUUGGCUUUCACAACAGAACAGUUAUAAGGAUCCUGAUUUCAAGAAGUGAACUGGAUCUGAUGAAUAUCAAAAGAAAUUACAAGGAGCGAUAUGGAAAUUCCCUAAGCCAAGAUAUCAGGCAAUAUGCAUCUGGACAUUAUGAAGCAGCUCUCUUGGCAAUUUGUACUGGCGAUGCUGAAGAUUAUUAA